AUGCAUGCCGAGAAGGCCGGCCCUUCUCGUCCUCUCCGAGAUUGCUUCCGCGGCAUCUGGUACCAGCGGAGGAGGAGGACGGAGGAGGCCAUCGAGGAACCAAAGAGAAGGGCAGCCUGUCUGGCGAUUAUGGUUCUCAUCCUGCCCGUCUUGAUCCUUGUUGUUCUGCUGCCCAGUGUGUUCACCCAAAAGUGGACGCCGUGGGCUGGGAUCCGCGGCAGCACCGGGAACACCGGGGAGAAAGCGGGUGCCGGACAGCACAGCCUAACGGGGGAGGGACAUCGGGGGGAUCUGUAUCUCUUGGGUGUUGGAAAGGCCGACAUCACAGGCCCUUGCGUCGAGAUUAAUCUUAUGGGAUAUGCCGACCCCAACCAGAUUGGCACCGGUCUACGUCAGCGGCUCUAUUCGCGAGCAUUCAUCGUUGGUGAUCCAGACAGGCCAUCGGACAGAUUCGUCUACCUCGUGCUGGACACGCAGUCGGGAGAUACGGCUGUGCGCUAUGGCAUCUUGUCUGGCCUGCAGAAGCUGGGUCCGGACUUUGCCGACUAUGGCCACCACAACUUGGCCGUCACCGGGACACAUUCUCACUCUGGGCCCGGUGCCUGGCUGAACUACCUAUUACCCCAGAUCACCAGUAAAGGUUUUGAUAAGCAGAGUUACGAGGCCAUCGUAGAUGGUGCUUUACUGUCUAUCCGCAGAGCGCAUGAAAGUCUUGCCCCCGGAUAUCUAAGCGUCGGGUCAACCAAAGCCUUUGGCGCCAACAUCAACCGCAGUCUCUUUGCGUAUCUGAAUAAUCCCGAGAAAGAGCGAGCACGCUACAACGUCAGUGCUGAGGACGAUGGGUCUGUGGAGAAGGACUUGACCCUGCUCAAGUUUUCACGGGCGUCUGAUGGCCUGAACCUCGGCGUGCUGACUUGGUUUGCGACCCAUGGUACUUCGGUCCUUGGAAACAACACACUGAUCUCGGGCGAUAACAAGGGUGUCGCAGCCUACCUGUUUGAAGAAAGUACCAAGGACGACAAGAAUGCUGACGGGAACUUCGUUGCUGGGUUCUCACAGGCUAAUGUUGGUGACACGAGCCCCAACGUGCUCGGAGCUUGGUGUGAAGAUGGCACUGGGCAGAUGUGCAGCUUUGAGAAUAGCACCUGCAGCGAUGGGAAGACACAGAAGUGUCAUGCUCGAGGGCCCUUCUUCCGUGCGAACGACGAGGGCGCAUCAUCCUGCUUUGAAAUCGGCAAACGCCAGUUUGAGCCCGCGAGGAUGUUAUACGAUCGAGCCGACAAACUGUCUCCGAUCCGUGGACGUUUCGUCAAGUCCUUUCACAACUUUCACAACAUGUCGCAUUUCACCUUUCAACUCCCCAAUGGAACAGAAGUUGAGACCUGCCCCGCCGCGCUGGGAUACUCAUUUGCAGCUGGCACCUCUGACGGCCCUGGGGCAUUUGACUUUACACAACACGACGGCGGCCCAAAUACUACCUCGCCAGUAUGGCAGGUCGUCUCUGGGCUCUUGAAAGCGCCUUCAAAGGAGCAAAAGCAAUGCCACUUUCCCAAGCCUAUUCUUCUUGAUGUUGGCGAAAUGACUUCGCCAUAUCUUUGGACACCCAACGUGGUUGACAUCCAGGUCUUCCGUGUCGGACAGCUGGUUAUAAUUGUUAGUCCAGGCGAGGCAACGACCAUGGCUGGAAGGAGAUGGAAGAACGCCGUCAGCAACGAGAUCAGCACCCUCUUCCUCAACGAGAUGUCAUCCGAGUCUCCCGUUGUCGUACUUGGUGGGCCUGCGAACAGCUACACGCACUAUAUCGCCACGGAAGAAGAAUACGAGAUACAACGAUACGAAGGCGCAAGCACACUGUACGGCCCACAUACAUUGGCCGCCUACAUCAACGUUACACUUUCACUUAUGCCAUACCUGAGUGCGUCUUCCAAUAGGAAAGCGCCUCCCGGACCAAGUCCGCCGGACAAUAGUAACCGCAGCCUCAAUUUCAUCCCGGGUGUGGUCUACGAUAGACCUCCCCUUUUCAAAAGUUUUGGUGAUGUUGUCACAGAUGUGGAAAGUGUCGUCCGCCGAGGCGAGCACGUCUCAGCGGUCUUCGUGGGCGCGAACCCGCGGAAUAACCUGCGUCAGGAGUCCAGCUACGCGGUAGUGGAGAAGCUCGUAACCAACAGUUCCCCGACGCCAGCCACUCAUUCUGGAGCGAGUCAGGAGCUUCUGCGGAAAGGCCGGGAACAGGACGAGCAGACUGCGAGUGACAAUUCCCGAUCCACUUCGACUAUAGAGGAAAGCCUAACCCCAAAACAAUGGCUGCCGGUCCGUGACGAUCGCGACUGGCACCUCGUGUUCCGUUGGCGCCGCACCAGCGAGCUGCUCGCAACUAGUGAGGUUACCAUCACGUGGGAAACGGAAGACUGGGCCGAGCCCGGCACUUAUAGGCUCCGGUACUUUGGCGAUGCCAAAAGCUUGGCCGGGGCCAUUGCUGAAUUCGAGGGGACUAGUGGCGAGUUUGAAGUAGUUUAG